GAAGGCGAAGGCGAACGCGGGAAGUAGGUCGGAGAGAAGUGCCGGUUCUUCGUCGGAGACACGAGGAGCCGCUGACUGAGCGCCUUCGUCAGUCUCGCGAAGAUAUUCCGGGAGUCAACAGGUGCGUAGAAGCAGGUCUUUCUUCUGCUUCUUCCAAAAAAAAAAAAAAAAGAAGAGAAAGAAAACGGAAGAAAAAUAAUAGAGAAUUUAAUUAUCUUUCUUAUCUCCGCGCUCGGCAUUUUCAACGCGAAUCGAUCGUUUCGUCGGUAAUCGUUCUUUGCGCGCCGAUCAUGCGGAUCUGACGACGUAUCCACGUUACAACUCUUCCUUCUCCCUUCUUUUUGCUUGAAAUACCUUCUUCUUGCUCGUUCGUCACCCUCUGUUCGCUUUCUCUGGAUCACGGUAUUCUCACUGGAUCUUUGAGCAUCGGAUCGACUGGAUCACCGAAUCGAAGACACGCAGAAAUGGACAAGUUCAAGGUAACGUUCACUAUGCUUGCGUUGAUGACGCUAGCCGUCAUUAACAGCAGCGUGGCAGAUCUACCGAAGCCCAGCUACGCUAGAACGAUGCUCAAAGUAUCGCGAAGUCUUCCGGGCGAAACGGAGGAACGAAAAGUGUUAACCAGCGAAGGGAACGUGGCCACGUUGAUCAUCAAACGCCGAGACAAAUCUUCCCUCGAGCAACAGGCACCCAACGAACCGCCGAAAACCCAUCAAAAUCCUCAAAGUCCAACACUCAGCGAAAACGUCACAUCGUCAAACGUAUCUAAAACCAAAGAGGACGUGAGAAAACUAGAGAAAGCCCAAAUAGAGCAACUGAGGGUGAAACUGUCAGACACCGAGGGGCGAAACAGCUUCUCUAAACACGAGAACGUAUCCGCGAACGUAUCCACCGAGAAAGCUCGACCGGCGAACGAGGGGAACAUCGAUUAUGGUAAUUGGACGCCACUGGGAACCGACGGACGAGCGGUUCGCCUCGAUGAAUCGACGACGGAGGAAGCCUAUCAAAGCUGGAAGCCCGUUCAAAGCGAUCUGAAGACAACCACCGAGGAGAGGACCAAUUACGCGAGAUUCGACCCAGCUUUCCCAGCGGGCGGGUUGCUUCUGCCGCGACAUUUUCAAGACAGGUCGCAGAGGAAGCUGCAACUGGCCGACCAGGGCGAGGAGAAGCCUCGUUACACGUUCCUCCCCCAUCAGAUUCGAUCCACGAGAACGAACAUCGGGGCGAACGCUUUGAAGAAUCGUGACGGGAAGAACGUGCCGGCGGAAGUGGUCAUCAGGUCCGAGAUAAACGUGAAAUCGAGCUCGAAGAGGUCGCCCAUGACGUUGGAUACUGACGGCACCCCCGUGAUCCAUGGGAAGAGGGUCCCGGACGAGCCGAUGGACAAAGUUCAAACGUGGCGUAACGCGAGAGUGAUCAACAAUAAGUUGAUACGCGACAAUGCUGGUGAUAGUUUGGACGCUUCGUCGAGCUUUUAUCCGGCGGAGAACGUCGUGGAGAGACAGACGUUUGAGAGGUUCUUUAAAAAUGUGAACAGGAGAUACGGCAAAGACUACGAAGAGGAAGGGAAAAACGUGUACUUCGAGUGGGACCCGAAAAACUACAAGAACGAAGCACUAAACGCAGAGGUGUACGAAACAAGAGCCGACAACUAUCGAAGCACCUCGCACAAACGAAUGCUGCACCCUGACGGCGUCUCGGUCUAUCCAGUCUCUCAACUGUAUACCCCGGAGAGUCAGAAAAUAGCGCCGGUCGCCCUGAAACCAGGGGCCAGAGCGCCUGUCCUUCAAUACGCUCAUCCCGAGUUAGGUGUUCAGCCGGCGAAGAUCGUGAAAAACGAGAAACGUAGGCCGGACAACUUCCCGGAGAAUCAGUACUCAUUCACGGAGCAGAGACAGAAGAAGAAGUACGUGCUGAACGACAAGAACAUCGUCGACAGUUACACCACCAAGAACUACUACCCGAAUCAACAUUUCUACGGGCUGAAGAGGCCGAGCGACACGCCGUUCUGGGUGAAGAUCUCCGAGAACUUGAAGAGCCAAUUCUCCAACGGCGUGGAGAGAGUGUCGCAGUUCACUCGGCCGGUGAUCGACCCUCUGGUAGAGGCGACGCAUAAAAUCUCGCAGAAUCUGGGCCUCUCGAAAGGCAAGGAGGCGGAGGACAAGAUCGGCACGGUCACUUCCGGCGGCAGUAUCCUGAUCCCAGCUUUGGGGCUGGUGGCGUCGGGCGCUGCUCUCGGGAUUGGCGCCGUCGCUGUCGGUAGAUACCUCGAUGUGGACGUUCUGAAACGAUCUAACGACGCUCUGGGCACCGAGGUGGAGUAUCAGAGAGCUCUGGACGCUGGCCAAUCGUACUCGAGGGAAGCCGACCGAGAGAGCGGUGACGAAAGCUUGGAUCGGAUGGGCAAAUACGGUGAAACGGUGUACUUCCUCGAGAACGUGCCGCGAAACGAAGAAACGAGAGACAAUCGCAAUAACGACGAUAACAGUGACAGUCGGAAUGGUGUUCUGUUGAUCGUCGAGGGGGAUGACGGAUCGACGAUGAAGAAGGAAAUCAAGCCGAGCAUCGAACAGAACGAGCGGGAGAGCAGCGUCUCGAGGAGGAGGCGAAGUCUGAAUUAUUUGGACAUUUUCCAAGCUGAGGGGAAUCUGAAGGAUUUGAUCAGGGACAAGCGUCUUCAACGAAAGGGGGCCGACUCGAUCAGCGAGAUCGUUGAGAUCGAUCUUCCUGCUCGCGAGGGGAGCAUCGACGUGACGGAGUUUCUCGUUCCGAGGAGGAACGCGAAGGAUCGGCAAAAGAACAACAAAGAUUCGGCCGUUCUGAUAAUUGAAGCUGGCCCUUUGGGAUUCCGUCAGAAGAAUUUGGAAAUGGUCGUAGGGAAUUCGGCGAAUGUUGAAAAGAAUUCUGUCGAUGGAAGGAACGAGAGAAGGAGAAGGAGCAUCGAGGGUGAUCAGGAACUGGAGGACGCCCUUCAGAAUCUCGAGAAUGCGGAAGUUGCCGAGGUGGCUCACAUCGAUGGGGAUUGGACCAAUACACCCUGUGCCAAAAGGAUAUUCUGCGACGCGAUGAUACAGAGAGGCGCCGACGCGGUUAUUUUGAUGGAGAAAAAGAUGGCUGCUCUUUUGGGCUUGAUUCAGCCGGGGGCAGUUGUCCAAGUAUCCAGCCACUUUCAACAGGUCAUGGACGCUGUACGAAGGCACGAUUGUUCGAGCUUUCUGUGCCCGCAAGCCAGGCCAGGGAACGUUUUCUUCUAGAACCUCGCUCGUUUCUGAUGCCCGGACUGUGUUAGGAUUUGUCCUCCUCUCCUCCUCGACGCCGGUCCCACCACCUGGAGAAAAGCAGAACCGAUAAAUCGUUGAUUUCACGACCGGUGAAAGCAUUCGAGUGAUUCGGGAUUCGAGCGACUCGACUCGUUGAUUUGCUUUUAGGAACGUUUCCGAGAGUUAUCUUCAAUCAGAGCACGAAAAGUGGGCAAUUUUUGUUGAGCGCGCGAACAGUCUCGGUUAUCGGGAUUAUCGGGACAACCGAUAUAUAGGACGGAGGAUCGAUUGCGUUUCGAUGAGAUUCGAAGGCUGGGAUUUGACGGUGGGUUUCACUCGAAGAUCGAAAGUCAGAUUACUUGGAACUUCUUUGGGAGGGGAGGUGGAAACUUUCAAAUCCGAUGUGAUCCUCACGGAGGAUCCUUCGAAAUUCGAGAUAUUCCUAUCGUAAUUUUAAUUAUCUUUCAAGCGACGAAAGAUCUGGUUGUAAUUUGGAAGCUGAGAUUAGAAUUGGAAGUCAGGUUAUACUGGGAUUCCUUUAGAUGCGCGAGAACAUUCAUUUGUGACGAAGCUCGAUCGACAUUGUCUCGUAAAAAAUGGAAAUCUCGGAAUUUAGAAUAAUUUGGAUUUAAUUAAAAACGCAAAAGCUAUCAACAUUCGGAUUAUUUGAUUCUCUAUAGAAAUACGAAAGAAGUUCCAUUUAGGAUGGAGCUUAAUGAAAAUGAUUUCUCCGACACUCAGAUUGAAUCGUAGGUCUAAAAAUUUGAUUGUCUUCCCAAACAGAAGAGAAACAUAAUUUUUAAAAUUCGAUUGAAUUUGAUAAUUGAGCCAAUGGAACUAAAAGUCGUAGAGAACGUAAUCAAAUUUUUCUAAAAUAAUGCAAAUUUGCAAAGCUGUCCAAUUUUUAGUAGAUCAAAACGAGUUGAAAAAUGGAAUCGCGAAUAAUUUGAGCGAAAGUCGCGAGAAACAUGUGGAAUCGGUCGUCCAGCCAAAACUGUACAUAUCUGCCACGUUAUUUAAUACAAACCCACGCUCGUAAUUUAAGAAACUAGAGUUAAUUAACUUCCAAAUCGUUUGUCAAAAUAACGAGUCGUUUUAACAAGAACUUGAACGACACAGCUCAAACUUGACCUAAAUGAUCGAAUAUUAGAUUGCACUUUCUUUCAAACAGAACGAUUUCAACAAAUUGUUAGUUACUUUGGGUCAAAUUUGAGCCUCUACUUGAAUCCUUCGCAAAAGGAAUUUGGAUUUUGCUCGAGAAAUCCGGAGAAGUUGAUCGAUUUCUUGAGGAAAACCGACAAGCAAACUCGUAAUUAAUAUUACUCGUAAUAUUAAUAUUUACGAAACGUAUUUAUUUUAUUUCUUUCAUAUUACUGUUUCAUCUAUGCAACGGAACCAUUCCCAAUUUUUGUAAAAUAGAAAUAAAUUAUACUUUCUUGCAA